AUGUUGAAACGAGACAGCAUGAGGGUGAAGUGGAGCUUCGUGUGCACGGCUGUGAAAAUUGGUGAGAAAAUUCCGAAAAUUCAGUUAAGUUCUCAUGAACUCGGCAACGGGUCGAGAGAAGAAAGAGAGCUGAAAAUGUUCGGAAAAGAGUCCGAGAGAUGCUUUCAAAAGCGCAUGUCAUGUGAAGGGGAAAUUCGGAAACAUAUUGCCUGCAUUUCAAUUGAGAAGACAUUGAGAAAUGUGCCUCGUGCGAGACAAAAGAUAAGAAAACAAGUAACGGAAGCAGCCAAUUUAUCAACAAAAAAAUGUGUUUUAAAUAUAUUAGCUUUUAUAGUUCUAUAA